UUAAGGACGGGGGGAACGUUCAAGGAAUGCCAGAAUAAAUGUGAGCACAGCUACUGCCCAAAGAAGUGUGGGGAGCCUUGCACUCCAUGUCAGGAAUGGUGUACAUGGAGAUGCCACCAAAGUUGCCCUGUGCAACUUAUGUGCACCAAAAAGUGCCAUGAAAUGUGCAGCCGAGAACCAUGCAACCAGCCCUGUCCUAAUAUAAUAAAGAAAUGCAAGCACCCAUGUAUUGGUCUUUGUGGAGAGCCAUGCCCCCCCCUAUGCAGGAUCUGUGAUGCAGAAGAACUGACUGAGUUCCAGUUCUAUGGGAAUGAGACUGCUGAGAAUGCUAAGUUUGUUUACCUGUCAGACUGCAAGCACUGUAUUGAAGUGGAGGCCAUGGACCAUCACAUGAAGAUGGAAAUGGAAGAAAUUGGGAUGAAGAGAUGUCCCCGUUGUCACACAGUUAUCUGGUCAUCAGUACGGUAUGGGAACAUCAUUAGACAGCUUUACUGCAAUGUUGCUGAUGUGAAGAAUAAGGCCUUUGGUGACCCAAAACAAAACCAGGAUGACUACUACAAGGCAUUUAGAGACUUGAAAAGUGUGGGGUCCUAUCACUUGCAACAGGAAUUCAAAAUACUCAAAGACAGUGCAAUUAGGAAGAUGGAAUAUAUCAAGAAUUUUCAUAAUCGUCCAUUUGCUCCAACAAUUGUCAGUCAGGUUGAGGUCUUGUCCUUCAAAAAUAAGAAAGAAAUCCUAGAAAAGCUGCAGCUCAUCAUCAUCACUGUACCAGUGUACAGUGCCAAAGUUCAGGCUCGGAUCAUUCAUAGAGCAAAGUUGAUUGCAAAUCAUGUGUUGGCUCAAACAAGGGACUUCAAUGAUAUGGAGUUAAAGGCCCUUGCAGGGGAAAUUGCACGUCUCAGGCUCUUUGGUGAAUACUGGGAGCUUCAGGAAAAUGUAGCAACAAAAUACCCUGAAUCAAUGGAACACUUGGAGAAAGCAGGGGUGCUGCUUCUCAGUCAAGAACCAUUCACAGAUGCCAUGAAUAAAGAGGCUCAAAAGGAGCUGGAUGCUGCAUCUCGAAGCAGUGGAGGGUUGGGGAUAUCCAUUGAAGAACGAGUCAUGAUUCUCAAGGCCAUAAACCUUGGUCAAGGUCACUGGUACAAGUGUCCAAAUGGACAUAUCUAUGCAAUUGGGGAAUGUGGAGGAGCCAUGCAGGAGUCUCGGUGCAAUGAAUGUGGGGCAAGAAUUGGAGGGGAGAGGCAUCGGCUAGUCAGUGACAAUGCUCAUGCUGGAGAAAUGGAUGGGUCACAGUUCCCUGCAUGGUCUGAAAUGAACAAUCUCCAGAAUUUUGAUCCUCAUCAAUUGCAGUAA